UUGUGGGUUGUGGUUCCAUCACUUGUAUCAAUCGGACGCUUUGGUCAAAUUUUAUUGUUUAAUUUAAAAUUAAAUGAUUUGAAGCCAUAUUUACCAGUGAGACAGUCAAAUACAUAAAAUGAUGGCGCGUCGCGGUGGAAAGCGCAUACGUAUGGAUGAUCCGCCGCCGGACUACGAGGAAUUGCACAGCGAUGCCCUGAAUGAGAGCACCUCGGAUGCGGACAGCCCCACCAAACGGAUGACCAGGCUCAGAGCGCGGGGCGGAGUGCGGGACAAACCGCCCAUAAUUGAUGAUGACGAGGAUGACUUCUUCGCGCCAAUCGCGCGCAAACGAAAGACUCCCGCCACCCGCAAGGGGCCAACAGAACGCAAGGAACGCGUUGAACGACCGCGCAAGGAGCCCGUCGACAAGGGACAUCACGAGCGGAUAGACAGUGAGCGGGAGAUAACCACGGACGAGAAUAGUCUCUACUAUAUUGUGCGACACUCGAAGAACCCUAUUGCUAGCAUUGUUGACCAAUGGAUUGAGCAGUAUAAGGCAAACCGAGAAACGGCCCUGGUUGCACUGAUGCAGUUUUUUAUUAAUGCUAGUGGUUGCAAGGGAAAGAUAUCCGAGGACAUUCAGUAUCCUGUUGAUCACACAUCAAUUAUCCGACGGAUGACCGAAGAGUUUGACGAAGAAAGCGGCGAAUAUCCCUUGAUCAUGAGCGGAACGCAGUGGCGAAAGUUUAAAAAUAAUUUCUGCGAUUUUGUGCAAACCCUUGUGAAGCAAUGCCAGUACUCUAUUAUCUACGACCAGUUUCUGAUGGACAACGUCAUAUCCCUGCUUACGGGCCUCUCCGAUUCGCAGGUGCGAGCUUUUCGACACACAGCCACUCUGGCGGCCAUGAAGUUGAUGACGGCUUUGGUGGAUGUCGCCCUAUUGGUUUCGAAUAACUUUGACAAUGCUGCGAAGCAAUUCGAAGCUGAACGCGUUAAGUCCCGAGAUCGUCGUGCUUCUGACCGUUUGGACUCGCUUAUGACUAAACGUUCCGAAUUGGAAGAGAAUAUGGACGAGAUAAAGAGCAUGUUGACCUACAUGUUCAAGUCGGUGUUCGUUCACCGCUACAGAGACAGUCUGCCUGAUAUACGAGCCAUAUGUAUGGCCGAGAUCGGCAUCUGGAUGGAAAACUAUCCGCAAAACUUUCUUGACGACUCUUACCUUAAAUAUAUCGGUUGGACGCUGCACGACAAGAUCGGAGAGGUGCGCCUGCGAUGUUUGCAGUCGUUGCUGCCGCUGUACGAGAAAGAUGAGCUCAAAGGAAAACUUGAGUUGUUCACGUCAAAGUUUAAGGAUAGGAUUGUGGCCAUGACGCUGGACAAGGAGUUUGAAGUGUCUGUUCAUGCCGUCAAGCUGGUUAUCAGUAUCUUGAAAAUCCACCCAGAGAUUUUGGCUGACAAGGAUUGUGAAAUUGUCUACGAGUUGGUUUACUCUUCACAUCGUGGUGUGGCUCAGGCAGCAGCUGAGUUCUUAAAUGUUCGCCUGUUUCACUUAACUGCCGACAUGGAAGAGACGAAGACAAAACGUGGGAAAGUGCGUAUGCCCAAUACACCGCUGGUUCGGGACUUGGUGCAGUUCUUUAUCGAAUCCGAACUUCACGAACAUGGGGCCUACCUUGUAGACUCCUUCAUCGAUAGCAAUGAUAUGGUAAGGGACUGGGAGUGUAUGACGGAUCUGCUUCUGGAAGAGCCGGGACCCAAUGAAGAGGUCCUUGACAAUAAGCAGGAAUCGACACUCAUCGAGAUCAUGGUCAGCAGCGUUAAACAAUCAGCGACUGGAGAAGUUCCAGUCGGUCGCGCUAGCAAUCGCAAAUGUACGCUCAGUGCCAAGGAGCUAAAGGCUAUUCAAGAUGAGAAGGCGAAGUUGACCGAACACUUCAUUGUCACCCUACCGUCCUUGCUAGAAAAGUAUCAAGCAGACAGCGAAAAGCUGGCCAAUCUCCUUGCAGUUCCACAGUAUUUCGAUCUCAAUCUGUACACCACCAAUCGUCAAGAGGGCAAUCUUCAGGCACUGUUAGAUCGCAUCAAUCAGGUAAUGAGCAUGCACACAGGUCGCGAGGUUCUGGAAACUUGUGCAAAAACGCUAGAAUGUCUUUGUGCCGAGGGUAGUGCCACGUACACCAGAUGCAAUAUCGCCAGAUCCAACAUCAUCGAGAGCGCUGUCAACAAGUACAAGGAUGCAAUCGAGGAAUGGCGAAACCUCAUACAAGGCGAGGAGACCCCUAAUGAGGAUGACAUCUACAAUAUUACCAUCACCCUUAAGGUCCUUUCCAUUCUGUACUCCUCGCACAACCUUAAUCCCUGGGAGCUGUUUAAGUCCCUGUUCCAGGACGUAGAGGAGGCGCAGUCUAAAGAGAACAUCGAUCGCUGUCUGCCCAACGAAGCCUUAGUCUACUGUAUAGAAGCUUGUUACUUUUCCAUAAGCUGGGGACUGCAGUAUGUGGAAAACGAAUGCGAGUCAGUUAAUGUGACCGAGGUGGUGGCUGAGCUGCGCAACAAUUUGGAUACCUUUAUGGGAGCCUGCUUUGAACUAACCCGCGAUGGACCCACAGUUCAGAUUCAAGAGGCGGCGUACCAAUCCAUUUGCGAUCUGCUCAUCAUUUUCUCCGACAAGUUGGCUCGCAGUGAGAUCGAACAUAUACGCGGCUUGGAGUACAAGUCGCGCAUGGAUGAGCACCUAAUCUUGGACAAUUUCGUGCAGCACUAUGUAUUCUCCCUUAAACAAGAUGUGGCACAGGAUGAAACCAGAAUCGAGGAGCUGCAUAAGAAACGUAAUUUCUUGGCCUGCUACUGCAAAUUGGUGGUGUACAAUAUAAUUCCAACGAUGCGUGCAGCCAGUAUAUUUAAGUAUUACGUUAAGUGCUACAACGACUAUGGAGACAUAAUUAAGGCCACGUUGGGAAAAGCCCGUGAGAUUAAUAAGGUUAACUUCGCUAUGACGCUCCUUUUGAGCCUGAUCACAGUCUUUAAGAGUCUGCAGGAGCAGAGUGAGGAUGGCAUAGUUUCAAAGAGUUCGCAAGAGUUUGUGGACCUCAAGGAGUUGGCCAAGCGAUUUGCGCUCACAUUUGGUUUCGAUGCCAUCAAGAAUCGCGAAUCUGUGGCCGCCAUUCAUCGUGGUGGCAUUUAUUUCGCUGCGAACAAGGAGCCAGAUGAUCCGGUGCGGGCUCCAACUCGCUUGCUCUUCCUGGAGGUUUUGAACGAGUUCAACUACAAGCUACUGAAGCAAGACAAGAAGGUCAUAAUGAGCUUUCUGGACAAGAUAAUACCACCCGCAAUGCCAUCCAGCCGAGCUGAGGAAUGGCAGCCGCUGAUAUUAUAUCGCAAUUCCUUGCUACAUGGCGAAACUGAUCAAGCGCCCGUCGCCAGCAAACGAGCCUACACACGUAAACGUCGAGAUCAUGAUGAAGAAGAGGAGGAGGAGGAAGACGAAGAGGAACACAAUGAUCCUGAUUACAGGGGCUAGGACCCAUCAGGCAAUCAGCCAUACACGCGGCUUAAGUGCAAAAUCUAAUUUUCCGGAAAAUCAAGUAGUUGUAAGAUUAAAGCUAAUAUUAUGUACAUAAAUACGUUUAAAUUAUAUAAAUUACUGUAUCCU